AUGGGUAAUGUUUAUAAUGUUUUCAAAUACUGUAUUGCGUACUUUUUAUUUGAUGAUAGCCUUCUGUUCUUUAAGGCUAACGCACAGGAGGCAGGGGCUGUUAGGCAGUGUCUUAUUGAGUAUGAAAACAUGUCGGGGCAGGCUGUCAACUUUCAUAAGUCAAGUGUUUGCUUUAGUAGGAACACUUCACAGGCUGUCAGGAUUGAAGUGGCUGCAGUGUUGGGGGUAGUUCAGGCUCCUAAUUUUGGAAAAUAUCUGGGCCUCCCAUCUUUUAUUGGAAGAGAAAAGAAGGCUGUGUUCUCAUACAUUGAGGAUAAGAUCAAGCAGAGGAUUGGUUCAUGGAGCAAAAGGUUGAUCUCGCAGGCAGGGAAAGAGGUUCUCCUUAAGAGUGUUGCUCAGUCAAUGCCUACGUUUUCUAUGAGUGUUUUUCUGCUGCCUGCUUCGGUCUGUUUAUCUAUUGAAAGAGUUAUGAACAGGUAUUGGUGGGGUGCUGGGAGUGAAAGAGGUAUUCAUUGGAAGGCCUGGGAUCGCUUGUGUAUUCCCAAGAAGUAUGGUGGUUUGGGAUUUAAGGAUUUAAGAGCUUUCAACCUGGCUAUGCUAGGUAAACAAGCCUGGAGAUUCCUAACCCGGCCUCAAUCACUGGUGGCAAGAAUUUAUAAAGCCAGGUAUUUCCCCAAGUCCUCGUUUAUUGAUGCCUCUCUGGGUAGUAACCCAAGUUUCUGCUGGAGAAGUAUCAUGACUGCCCAUGAGCUAGUUUGUAGUGGUGUGAGGAGGAGAAUUGCAGAUGGAACGUCCACUCUCAUAUGGGGCCACCCCUGGCUGCCAGAUGAGUCUGGACCUAUGAUUCAGACCCCCAUGCCUGCGGAGCUCGAAGGUUCUUUGGUUUCUGGCCUUAUUGACCCCAACUCAGGUACCUGGGAUCCCUCUAUUUUACAGGAUAUUUUUACCACAUCAGAUGUUGCUCGCAUCCGGAGGGUCCCGGUUAAUCUACAUUAUGAAGAUUCAUGGUUUUGGUACGGGGACCCUAGAGGGUGUUAUACGGUAAAAGAGGGCUAUAGAUGCAUUAUUGGGGAGGUUGUGUGGCAGCCAGGUACCUAUGCUAAAUGGUUACAGCUAUGGAAAAUUAAAUGCCCUGCUAAAUGGAAGAUGUUUCUAUGGAGAGCUCUAUCUAAUGUUCUUCCCACCACAACUAACUUGAUUUUAAAGAGAGUGGAAGUGGAUCCAACAUGCCCAAUGUGUGGUCUUUCCAAUGAGAAUAUUAUGCAUUCACUCCUCCUGUGUGAUUACACCAAACUAGUUUGGCAUGAGUCCUCCUUGAAUGUAUCUAGUGUGAUAGGGGAUGAUUUUGUUGAAUGGUUCACAAAUGCCAUGACAAUGCUAACGGAUGAUGCUAUGUUUGUUGCUAUAGCAGUCCUCUAUCAUAUUUGGAAGGCUCGGAAUACGUCCGUGUGGGAUCGGCAGCUUCCGCGACCGGCUGCCGUGUGGCGGAUGGGCACACUCCGCGGCACUCGCAUGGCGGCAAGUCCAUGGCGCGGCAGUGUCACAGCAGCAGCAAGUCAGAUUCAUGGGGGAGUGUCAUCGCAGCAGCAACAUCAUGCAACGUCCAUACAGCCAGACGGAGGACUUGUUCGGUGCUUCUUCGACGCCAGUUACCAUCCGCACUCCAAAUCGGCUGCAGUAGGGGCGGUGUUGGUGACGCACAACGACGAGUUCAUUGCCGCAUUCAAUGCCCGGCUCUCGUCAUGCUUCUCACCACUCAUGGCGGAAGCUUUGGCCUGCAAAGAGGUUCUGUCAUGGCUCAAGGAUUGUAACAUUGACUCGGUGCACAUUCUUACCGACUGCUCUACACUCAGGAAUCUCCUAAUGUCAUCUCACACGAGUCUCUAUUCUUAUGUUGGUUUUUCAGUAUAUGCCUCUAAGACGAUUAUUUCAUCUUUCAAUAUUUGUUCAGUUCUCUUAACUCCUAGAGCUAAUAACCACAGGGCUCACAUUCUAGCUACUUUGGCUAUUGCUCAGGAGGAACCCAUGUACUGGGACUCUGUCCCACCUGACUCUAUUUCUGAUUUGAUCUAA